CCACCUCCCUUGUAUAUAUCGAUUUAGAAAGAUUACUCCGAAUAACCCCACUGAUGACCAGGCUUUUUAGAUCAGGUAACACCCUGAGAGCGCUAUAAAAGGGCCAAACCCCAUAUAGGAGACUUCAUAGUGCCAUAAAUAUUCCAGCAAAGAUGAAGUACAUCUUGACCUUGGUUUCCUACGUUUUUUGCUGUUGCACCUCCAUUUAUGCCUUGGUGCAUUACAUCAAACUGGAAAAGGGAGCAAAAGGUUGUAAGACACCCGGAGAAAACAGUGUGGAUUUUGAUGUAGGCGCUUACGCCCAGGAUGAAAAUGUGUGUGGGGCGUAUACCUGUCAUAGCUUGGAGGGUGAUGCCUUGAUUCAUUACUGCCAGAGGCCCGUAACCUUUGCGGAGUGCAACGAAACAGGAGUUGCGACGGAAGUAGACUUUCCCCAGUGUUGCUGGAUGUGCGUCCUAUAUACGGAGUGUAGCUCAAGUUCCUCCUCCUCAAUUGACUCCUCCCCUGAUGCAAGCAAUGAUGACAAUAGCCCUGACCCGGGUGCACGCACAAAAGGCGGCUCCAACCCAAUGUAUGCCAAAUCGAAAGGAUCUAAGAUCAAAGUAACCGAUGCCGAUGACAGUGAGGACAUCAAGCACGACGGAGAGGCGGAAUAUGCCAAGCUAGUUGAUUCGAACGAGAACAUAAGGUUCGGAGGUGGAACUCCAAUAACGAAAUUUGGGGAAUCCUCCAAAACCGUUCCAUCCAAAGGAUAUCAUUUCAUUAAAUGAAACCCACCUAUAAUUAAUUAGUAUGUAAUUUAAAUUGUAAUAUUUAUAUAAUUAAGAAACUAAAUCGCUCCCUUUCGGUGUAUUAAUAAAUAAAUUUAACGAUAUAA